AGGUUUGGAAGGAGGAACUCAACUGGUGUGUUCAAAGGAAUGUCGAGGAGGGCCGUGUCCCUGGAGAGCGUAAGCAAGGAGAAGAGCACUAGAUUAUGACAGAGAGGACAACCGUCACCUCACGUGGCUUUUGGUUCUUGGCUUUUCCUUAAGAGGAGAAGUGCCCAGGAGAAGCAUGAUCUGGUUGCUGCACCACAGGCGAGAUAGGAUGGUAGCUUGGACCAGGACGGAAACAGUGAGAGUUCAGGGACUUCUCCUUAACCUAGUGCGCCCCAGCGGCCUAGACAAUGCUGGCAAAACAACCAUCCUCAAGAAGUUCAACGGGGAAGACAUUGACACCAUCUCCCCAACACUAGGCUUCAACAUUAAGACCCUGGAACAUCGAGGAUUCAAGCUGAACAUCUGGGAUGUGGGAGGCCAGAAGUCCUUGCGGUCCUACUGGCGGAACUACUUUGAGAGCACCGAUGGCCUCAUCUGGGUGGUGGACAGCGCCGACCGCCAGCGCAUGCAGGACUGCCAGCGGGAGCUCCAGAGCUUGUUGGUGGAGGAGCGCCUGGCUGGAGCAACCCUCCUCAUCUUUGCCAACAAACAAGACCUGCCUGGAGCACUGUCCUCUAAUGCCAUCCGUGAGGCCCUGGAGCUGGACUCCAUCCACAGCCACCAUUGGUGUAUCCAGGGCUGUAGUGCCGUCACUGGGGAGAACCUCCUGCCUGGCAUUGACUGGCUCCUGGAUGACAUUUCCAGCCGCAUCUUCACGGCCGACUGAACCACUCCGGAUGCCCCCCACCCCACCUUGCAGUCCAGCCCCCUACCCCCGCCCUCAUCAAGCACCAUCCAUGGGGGAACAGGAGUCAGCCAGCCUGACAAACACCCCCCACCCCACUCUGUAACCUGCUGCUGCUGCUGCUAGUACUGCCCACUGCUGCUCUGUGGCCAGCUGGCUCCCGUGGCUGGAGGGCUGCUGCCCUGGCUGUCACCCUGGCUCCUGACCCAGCCCACCUGCAGCUGCCAUGCCAAGAGGAGAGGGCUGGGCUAGGGGGGGGUGGGGGGUGGAGCUGCCUCUGCUGCUACCAAGGCUGUGGGCCUCAUCCUUUGCUCAGCUGUGAGAAUAAAUCCUUUCUUGCCCUCAA